AGAUGCCCAAAGAAAAGAAGAUCCAGCGGAAGAAGAUGGUUCUGGCCACUGCCGUCGUAGAGAAACAGGAAGCCAAAAAGGUGGUUGAUCCUUUCUUUGAGAAAAGGCCCAAGAACUUCGGCAGUGGGCAGGAUACCCAGUCCCAAACAGAUCUCACUCGCUUCUUCAAAUGGCCCCACUACAUCAGGCUGCUGCGGCAGAGAGCCAUCGUCUAUAAGUGGCUCCAUUUACCUCCUGCCGUUAACCAGUUCACCCAGGCCCUGAACCAGCGAACAUCUUCCCAUCUGCUUAAGCUUGCCCACAAGUAACAAGCCAGAGACAAAGCAUGACAAGAAGUCACGCUCCUGGCCAGUGCUGAGAAGAAAGCUGCUGGGAAAAUGGAUGUCCCAACUA